AUGCAUAUACAUAUGCUUAUGUACACAGAUACACGUACACAUACACACUCAUAUACACGUAACACUCGCACACGCCAACACGAUAACAGACAACCGUCAAAACGUAAGAACCUUUACAUACAAGCACCACGAAAUAAUAUGGUUCGAUUAACCGAAUCGAUCGUUUACAAUCGUACCAAAAUUACCGUAGAAUCUGUUCGAAAACUGAAUUUAUGGGGCUGUGAUAUCGAUAAUAUCGAUCUUUGCUCUCAGAUGAUCAAUUUGCAAAUCCUUUCUCUGAGCAUGAAUAGGGUGAAAUGUUUAAAACCAUUAGAGAAUUGUAUGCAACUCGAAGAAUUGUACCUCCGUGAGAACGAAAUUAGCAGUCUAAGUGAAUUGGAGCAUCUGAGGAAUUUGAAGCUGUUGAAAAUUCUUCGGAUUGAUGAAAAUCCAUGUACGGCUGAUAACAAACAUCGUGCAAAAGUUUUACGAAUUUUACCUAAUCUUGCACGUUUAGAUGAUAAACCGGUAACAAUUGAUGAGCUAUUGAGUGCCACUGAAGUUAAUCGGCAAGAUGAUCAAAGAACGGUUAUUGAUAAGAUUAUUCCGAAUCAUCCUCUUUUUCCAGAAUUAAUGUCGAAUAAUUUAGCGCAUGAUCCGGAACACAUUCAACAGCAAUCUUCUAAACUGCUGGUUGCAUCUAUCUUAAAAGUAUCACCAUCUGAUAAGAUGAAUCCAAUGAUGUUUUACAGUAUGCAAAAUAUGCCUUAUGAUUUCAAACAGUUCUACAGUUCGCGUUUUCGGCAUCAACGUAGUAUCAGUCUUCCGAGAUCGAUAUCAUAUUCAACACCUCGUAAUCGAAGAACACGAAUUGUUUCUGCUAUUGGAGUAUUGUUAGAUGAGCUUGAUACAGAUGGACUUCGAGAUGUUGUGGAAGAAGCGCAACAUAGGAUUAAGAAAUUAAGAUGA